CCCAAGCCCGAAUCCACUAUUCAAAUUCAAAAAUCCCUCUUCGUCCCCAUUUGUUCCUUCCUCAUUAAAAUAUACCUAAAAUCACGGAAUCGUCACUGGCCUCUGUCUAUCGCUCUCGUUCCCCAGGAAUUUUUUGUUUGAUCAGAGAAGUAUAUGCUUCAAAGUGUUUAGUCUGCAGUCUGAUCAGCUAAUGCAAAUGGAAACACCUUCUGAAUCUCUACUACAUGAACUUCAGAUCAUAUGGGAUGAAGUUGGAGAAUCUGAUGUUGAAAGAGAUAAAAUGCUGCUAGAAUUAGAACUAGAGUGUCUAGAUCUAUACAGAAGGAAGGUGGAUCAGGCAAACCAGUUUAAAGCUCAGCUACGGCAAACAAUUGCAGAUUCUGAGGCAGAGCUUGCAAGAAUCUGCUCUGCAAUGGGUGAACGACCAGCACAUAUCAUGCAGUGUGAUCAGAAAGCUGGAAAUCUGAAGGAAGAGCUGAGUGCCAUUGUUCCAGAACUGGAAGAAAUGAGAAAGAGGAAAUGUGAGAGAAGGGACCAAUUUGUUGAAGUCCUUCAGCAAAUUCAAAAGAUCUUAAAUGAGAUCUGUAGUUCCACGGAAUGUAACCCCUCUAUGGUUGUGGUGGAUGAAACUGAUUUGUCCUUAAGAAAGCUCGAAGAAUUGCACAGGCAGCUGCAAGCACUUCAAAAAGAGAAGGGAAAACGCCUAAAACAGGUGCUGGACCACCUUAACACCCUGAGCUCUCUAUGUUUAGUGCUUGGUAUAGAUUUCAAGGGCACAAUUAAUGAAGUCCAACCCGGUUUGGAUGAUUCUGAGGGAACUAAGAACCUAAGUGAUGAUACAAUUGAGAGGUUGGCUGCUGCAAUUCAAGCGCUGCGAAAAAUUAAGAUAGAGAGGGUGCUGAAACUUCAAGAUUUGGCAACGACAUUGUUGGAACUGUGGAAUUUAAUAGACACACCAAUUGAGGAGCAGCAGAGGUUUCAGAAUGUCACCAGUAAUAUAGCUGCUUCAGAACAUGAAAUAACUGAGCCCAACAUUCUCUCUGAUGACUUCAUUAUUUAUGUUGAGGCGGAAGUAUCUAGACUUGAAGAAUUCAAAGCAAGCAAGAUGAAAGAGCUUGUUCUGAAGAAAAGAUCAGAGUUAGAGGAGAUUUGCAGGCGGACACACUUGGUGGCAGAGGCUGAUAGUGCAAUUGAAUAUGCAAUUGAAACUAUUGAGUCUGGUGCAGUGGAUCCUGCUGGCAUCCUGGACCAAAUUGAGCUUCAAAUAGCAACUGCUAAAGAGGAAGCAUUUAGCAGGAAAGAACUACUUGAAAAGGUUGAGAAAUGGUUAGCUGCAUGUGAGGAGGAGUGCUGGCUUGAGGAGUAUAACAAGGAUGAAAAUCGCUAUAAUGCUGGUAGAGGUGCCCACCUGAUCCUGAAGCGUGCUGAAAAGGCUCGUUUGACAGUCAGCAAACUUCCAGCAUUGGUGGAUGCAUUGGCAUCAAAAACCACAGCAUGGGAGAGAGAAAGAGGUGUAGAAUUCACAUAUGAUGGUAUUCGGCUGCUUUCUAUGCUGGAAGAGUAUAGUAUUUUAAGGCAAGAGAAAGAGCAAGAACGCCGAAGGCAGCGGGACCAAAAGAAACUUCAGGGGCAGUUAAUAGCAGAGCAGGAAGUGCUUUUUGGGUCAAAACCAAGCCCUUCAAAGCUCCAUAGUGGAAAAAAGGUACCGAGAACUUCAACCGGUGGUCCGGGCGGCAAAAGAAAUUCCCUUGGUGGAGCAAUGCUGCAAACUCCUAAGUCUAAUCCGCUUAAUGCCAGAAGAGCUACUCCUCAAUCAUGCGCAAUCAAGAAGGUUCUAUUGCCAAAUGACUCACUAAAGAACCAUCAGGAUGAAGGUGUUGCGGCUUUGCCAGCAGGUGGGAGAGGGUUGGACAGUGCUGGCCUUCUAGUUAAACAGCACUCCUUGAAUGCUGCAAAUGCUUGUGAUAUUGAAUCGCCCAUGUUGCGGAAGCCCUUCUCUCCCGUCUCCAAGGCCAACAUAAUGAACUUCAUGGAAGACAAGAACAAAGCACAGAAAAUGCUUCCAAAUAACGAAACACCAACGACCACACCAUCCAAGUUGUCUUUUCAUACUGAUGAAGAGAACAGAACCCCCAUGACAAUGCCAAUUCCAGUGCCCACUACCCCUUCAACUGUGUCAGUGCCCAUGCAGACUGCCAUAACACCCAUUCCUGCCUCUGUCCUCUUUGUAGCUAAUGCCAUGGGAAAGAUGCCUGAAGAGAUUGAAUACUCAUUUGAGGAGAGAAGAGCUGGUUUUGUCCUUCCCCAUAGGCAUCUGAAGUCUUUUGUUCAAGUUUGAAACAUUGGAUGAACUCGAAUAAAGUUGGUCUCCAUGCAUUUCUCACUUCUCAUUUUUGUGAAGUCAAUCAAUAUUGACUUUUCACAUUCAUGUAUAUAGUCUCCACUAUGCCGCCAACUGUUCAGUACCCAUGUGGACAGCCAUAACCCCGUUCCUGCCUGUCCUUUUGGAGCUAAUACCAUUUGAAGAGAUUGAAUACCCAUUGGAGUGAAGAGCUGAGUUCAUCCAUCCCCAGACAUGUUUGAAGCCUAUUGUACAAGUUUGACAUAUUGGAUAAACCUGGAUCAUGUCAGCUUUUCCAUUCAUGUAUAUAGUCUGGCAGCACUGAACAUGUGAAACUGUGACACCAGAAAAUGUGAAACUGUUUUUUUAUUGGAGGGGGGGGGGUAAAUGUGGUUUUCCUGCUGACUGUGUUUUAAGGUACAACUUAGAUUUCCUGACAACAACGUGUCAUCCCCAUGGGGGAACCAUGAAUAUUUUUGGUUUAGCUGCUACGGUAGCUUGGAAUUUAUUUUUUCUUGGAGCAA